AUGUCUUCCCGUUACUCUGCAGCGCGUCCGAAGCGAGCUGGCGAGGACUUUGCUCGAACGCAUCACAGCAACGAAGAGGACACAAAACGAGUCAAAUUUGAUGUCCGCAACCCGUCCAUCUUGGCGCCGGACGCGCGAGAAGAUGACGCAGUUCUGGAUGCCGACGUGAUUGGUGGCAGCCAUGCUACGAAACGAGGCGCCGUAAACCUCGACGGCUACGACAGUGAUUCAGACAAUGAGAACUUCAAUGCGCGAGCGGGAAGUCGCAAGAAGGGAGAUGUGAAUAUUCUUGAGCAGCUGGACAACUACGACGCAACGGCUAGCAGCGCCAACGGGCGCCCGGACAAACCGAUCAACGAAGAUGACGAUGACGAUGACAUGUUUGCGGCGGAGAAUGACGAGGAACAAGGGAAAGAGGAGGCUGGAGAAGACGAACACUUUGAGAAGUCUGGCAGAAAGAAGAAGAACGUCAAAUUCUUGGACAACGCUCAGAUCUAUGGCCAGGAGAAAGGAAGCAAAAGUGGAGGCACUAUCCGCCUAGACGAACAAGAAAGCAGCGAUGAUGAAGAGGACUUGGAGCUUGCGAUUCAAGAAGAGGGAGUGGAUGAAGAAGUGGGAGCUGGCGGCUUAAAACGCAACGCACCCAAAGUUGAGGCUUUCAAUCUUAGGGACGAGAUGGAGGAGGGCCGAUUCGAUCAAGAUGGCAACUUCGUGCGGAAAGCUAAUGACGCCGAUGCCGUCCAUGACAGCUGGCUCGAAGGCUUGAGCAAAAAAGAAAUGAAGAAGGCAGCGGCGGCGCACGAAAGACGCGAGGCUGAAGCACGGGAGAAGCGCAUCGAAGAAGAUGGCGUAUUGGUCUCAGAGCUACUGGCAGCGCUGAUUACGAGGCUGGAAAGAACCGAAACACCCCUGGAAGCUUUGGCACGGCUAGGAAAAGACAAGCCUAAAACCAAAAGGAUACCCAAGUGGAAGCUCAAGAAGAUGAAUAAGGGUGCAGAAGCUAUGGAGACAGAUCAGGAACCAGCAACGGACCCGAAACAGGCGGAGAUUAAGGAAGCAAUCGAUGCCAUCACAGACGCGGCUGAUAAAUUAUUGAGCCGUGGGCACGAGGAAAUCUACGACGAAGAGAGAGAACUGCUGGUCCGCGAAUAUCGACGCGAGACGGGAGAAGACUGGGUCGAACCCAAAGUCGAGUUCGCGGCCGAGGCUGAGGCUCAGCCAGCUUCAGCUGCAGCUGCAGAAGACGCAUCGGCUCGGGCUAAUGGCACGAUGUGGGAGUUUAGGUGGACAGAUGGACGAGACAAUGCCGCAAAGCAAGGUCCCUUUGACGGCCCCGCGAUGAAAGCUUGGCAGGAUGCCGGAUAUUUUGGUCAGGGCGUCGAGUUCCGAGUCGUCGGCACAGGCGAGGAUGCGUGGGCCGCUUCGGCAGACUUUUCGCGGGGACAGCUGUGAGCGAACGAAGAGACUGAGGGCGUGAAGAGGACCAAACAAGCGAACGGGUAGAGCCGCUUCUCCAACUCUCCAGGUUCCGGUAGCUUGUCUCUGUGCCGGGUCGACUUGUGAAAGUGGGAACUUUGGAUCGAGAAAAGCGAACAGGACGAUCUCGUUGGUCCUCUCAGAGCAAUCAAAAGCUCUGUAGCAUCCGUCCCGGCGCCUCAGCCGCGGCUAAGAAAGGCUCCGUGUGCUGGGGACGAGAAUGACAACGACCGGCUGUGUUCCUGGAACUCCCGAUCUUGACGGGGCCGAUCUGGGGUCGCAGGCUUCUCCAAGAUCCCACAAGCCGUAACGCUCCGGCGCUUGAUUCCGCAGUGGCCCUAGGGGAAGCGCGAUGGCAGCCGAGCUUUGCCGCCUGCAUAUUGACACAGGGAUUGUAUUGAGCUGAUGGUUGCCGUGCAAUAAGUGGUGUUGUUGUAGGAGCGAAAAUGAGGGCAUCGCCAAGCAGCCCGCGCAAACUCGAGGUCGCCCGCAACAACGAGAGGUUUUCAGGUACUUCGUACCUACCUAACAUAUGCCAGCUAUGGGACGUUAGUACUAGUAACUACAUUGGGAAACCAGCUCGAUGAGCGAUUUCUAUUAUUCAUCAUUUCUGCUGCUCGCACA